CCGCUUUUGUGAUGUCACAUGACUAGUCCACUACAGUUGCAGAAGAACUCAAGUACUUCACCUCGCUAAUUUUCUUCCAAAUAAAUCUAUUAUGGCUAGUCAAUCUGCUGGAAUACAACAACUUUUGGCUGCUGAAAAGAAAGCUGCCGAGAAAGUAGCCGAAGCUAGAAAGCGAAAAGCAAGGCGUCUUAAACAAGCAAAAGAAGAAGCACAAGCAGAAAUCGAAAGUUUCCGUGCAGAGUCUGACUCGAAAUACAAAGAAUAUGAGAACAAGGUUCUUGGUUCACGAGGUGAUAUGGAACAAAGUAUUCAAGAUAGCACUCAACGGAAAAUAGUAGAUCUUAACAACAUGGUGAAGAAGAAUAGAGAAUAUGCUUUGAAGAAACUUCUAGAUAUGGUGUAUGAUAUUAAACCAGAGUUACAUGAAAAUUUUAAAUCCUUGUAAAAUUUGGUCUAUUGUCAUGCGAUUUAUUAUAUAAAUUAUACUGGAUAUUAUCUUAGUUACCAUAUAUGUUAUAAAAUUGGUGAUAGGCUGAAAUCAAAAGCCCAGACACUUAAAUUGGCUAGGGCACAGAAGAAUCAUCAUGAACAUUUUCAACAUUUCCAUAUGCUACCCAUUCUUGCAAAAGAUGAAGUAUGCACAGUUCAAUUAACCAGCAAAGUUGCAUCUGUUAGAAUUUGUCUGACGCAGACUGCUCUGCCAGAAAUAAAGGAAAGAAUGUUCUUUUUUUUUUUCCAGUUCUUGACCAUUAUUUGUUUUUCAUACUUCAUUCAUUUCUGGUAGUUUUAAGUCUUCACUAAAAGUGAUUCUGAAUGCUGUAAUUUUUGUUAUCCCAUCAGUUUGAUAGGAGUGUAAAUUUUCAGUUAUAUCAGCUAUAUGGGCAAUUUAGAAAAAGUAAGACAUUAUUGGACUUACAUUUGACUUGUUUCAAGAAAAUUAAAAGAAAAAUGAAAUAU